AUGGAUCCUCGAUAUCAACCAGCCGAUCUUUCAUUCGAAAGUAGCAGCAACUUCAACCCUAAUAUUAUCAGCUCCGACUCCGGUCCUAACCACGGUCGAAACCUCUCAGGUCAAACCACACGAACGAACACAUGGGUGCAGACGCCUGGAGGCCCAUACCCUAUGGAUCAAAAUUCGAACUUCCAGAACUUCGGUCCCAACCCACAGCAAGACUAUUUCCAAAGACCAGUCAACGGCACCGGUUACCCAGAAGAUGUGAAAGGCAAAGACCCUUACAAAAACCCGACAUACGUGACCGAGCGCUCAGUACAGCCUACUCCUAAUGAGACACCACGAGAUUCGAUUGACCUCGAGAAGGAGAAGCCAGCAGCAGAACCUCACGAUCCUCACAAGAAAGACCCCAACCAGCCGUGGAUGGCGUUCGGUCCGCGACUGAAGCACUUCACGUGGGCAUGGUACACGUUGACGAUGGCUACUGGCGGUAUCUCAACACUUAUCGCUGUUCAACCGCAUCGCUUCCCGGGCCUGAUCACUAUCGGUGCCAUCUUCUACAUCACCAAUCUGAUCUUCUUCGCGAUCCUAGGUGCUUGCAUGGUCCUUCGAUUCACCAAGUUCCCAGGUACAUUCAAGGAAUCUGUCACCCACGAGCGGGAGGCACUCUUCUUGGGUCCAUUCUUCCUAUCCAUCGCAACGAUUAUCACUGGCACGCAGAAGUACGUCGUCGAAUCAUAUGAGGCAGACCAUCCGAUGCGAGGAUGGAUUGUCACCAGCAUGGCUAUCGCUUUCUGGGUGUAUGUCUUUAUGACGUUCUGCCUCGCUGUCUUCCAGUACUCAUUCCUGUUUGCGAAGCACACGUACCUGCUCACAAAGUUCAUGCCAUCCUGGCUGCUUCCCAUCUUCCCUAUCAUGCUUGGUGGCACCAUUGCGGCUGUCAUUGCGAAAGAUCAACCGGUCGGCUCACGAAUGCCAAUUAUCGCCGCUGGCUUGGGCUGUCAAGGCUUGGGGUUCACAAUGAGCGUCAUCAUGUACGCGCAUUACAUCGGCCGUUUGAUGCAAGUCGGCUACCCCAACCGGGAGCACAGAGGUGCCAUGUUCAUUGGCGUUGGGCCACCUUCUUUCACGGCAUUGGCUUUCAUUGGCAUGGCUAAUGCCCUCGACGAUGACUUCGAUCUGCAGGGAGACGGGCUGAUCGAUACGAAAGUGCUACGGACGUUGGCUUUGGUAUCGGCACUCUUCCUGUGGGUACUGGCUAUGUGGUUCUUCAUGAUUGCUUUGAUCGCCGUUCUCCAUUCACGUCCUGAAUACUUCCAUCUCGGCUGGUGGGCCAUGGUGUUCCCGAACUCCGGCUUCAUCAUUGCAACCAUCAACAUCGGCAACAGCUUAAAAGACGAGGUCAUACUGUACGUUGCGAACGGCUUGACGAUUGCCAUCCUCUGCAUGUGGGCCUUUGUGCUCUAUUCCAAUAUACGAGCGGUCGUGGUUCAGGACAUCAUGUACCCCGGCCGCGAUGAGGACGUCGAGGACUAG